UAUAAAAUCUAUAAUAAGAAAUAAAACAUUACAUAACUGCUGAUUCCUCUAUUUAACAUUCAUUCUCUCUUUUCAAUUCUAUACAUCAUUCCUUUUGUUGUUGAUUUCUUGAACUUGGAUUUGCUUUUCUGUUUGUUUCCCGAGAAACCAAACAACGAGAAAGAAAAAACCAGCAAAUUUAGUUGAAGAAUUGAGUAAGUACAUUAUCGCGAAUCGGAGCUCUUAAGUUAAGGCUCUUCGUAGUCUUAUGAAGAGCAAAUAGUGAAGAUUUUGUUGCUAAGUGAAACAACAGAUCAACAUGUCUUCACCGAGUAAAGCUGACAGGAAGGCAACUCUUGAUGCCGCUUCCUGGAUGUUUAAUGUUGUCACUUCUGUGGGAAUAAUCAUUGUCAAUAAAGCUUUGAUGGCUACCUAUGGUUUUAGUUUUGCUACAACGUUAACAGGCCUGCAUUUUGCCACGACUACCUUGUUAACCUUUGCUCUUCGGUGGUUGGGAUAUAUUCAGACAUCUCAUCUACCAUUUUCUGAGCUUGUGAAGUUUGUUAUAUUUGCUAACUUUUCUAUUGUUGGAAUGAAUGUGAGUUUGAUGUGGAAUUCAGUUGGAUUUUAUCAGAUUGCAAAGCUGAGUAUGAUCCCAGUAUCUUGUUUUCUCGAAGUUGUCUUGGACAACGUGCGGUAUUCGAGGGACACAAAGCUCAGUAUAACAGUAGUUCUCCUUGGUGUUGCAGUCUGUACUGUUACAGAUGUGAGUGUCAAUACCAAAGGAUUUGUAGCUGCAAUCGUGGCGAUUUGGAGCACCUCAUUGCAGCAAUAUUAUGUACAUUAUCUUCAACGGAAGUAUUCUUUAGGAUCUUUCAACUUAUUGGGGCACACUGCUCCAGCUCAAGCUGCAUCUCUGCUGGUAGUAGGACCCUUUUUGGACUAUUGGUUAACAAAUAAAAGAGUUGAUGCCUAUCCAUAUAGUUUAAUAUCUGUGGUGUUCAUAGUAGUAUCAUGCAGUAUAGCAGUAGGGACAAAUCUGAGCCAAUUUAUCUGUAUCGGUCGGUUUACUGCAGUGUCAUUCCAAGUGCUCGGGCAUAUGAAAACGAUUUUGGUGCUGAUCUUAGGAUUUAUAUUCUUUGGGAAAGAAGGUCUGAAUGUUCAAGUAAUCGUAGGCAUGAUCAUUGCAGUAGCUGGAAUGAUCUGGUAUGGUAAUGCCUCAUCAAAGCCAGGCGGGAAAGAGCGUCGGAGUCUUUCAAUGAAUGGUAAUAAAGCGCAAAAACACGACGGCUUAUCAAAAUCCAGCGAGGCGGAUGAUAAGGUCUAGGUUUCAGAUCAAAAAGGAAAUGAAUUGAGCAUUAGAUCAGCUGAUAUCAGGAACCCCAGCUAUUUUUAUUUAUUUUUCCACAAUAGAUAAUUUUCUUCUUUAAUUUGUUCAGCUAAAGGAUGUGAUGCUAUUGAGUGAGAUGCAAGUUAUAAAAUAAACAUCACGUUUCCAGUC